AUGUUCAACGGAAAGGUUGUCACGGGUGAAAAGACGAGUGUGAAAUCGUUCAAUACGCGCAAUCGUAAACUCUAUCACGCGUCGGAUCUGCGGGUGUGGUACGAUCAAGACGUAAUGGAUGCAACAAUGACCGCUCUAGAGGAGUCCCAGGAACGCGACAGCGGCUGGGCGUUGGUGCAAAUACUGAAUCUUACAGUGAAUGUGAACAAUCAUAAUUUCAUGCUGGUCGCCGCGUUGUAUCCAAGUGUCAAACACUUUAAUCGACCGUUGCAGUAUUCCGCGUACGCAAGUGUAUUGAACUUUGAUAAAAUAGAGUUUCCAAUCACAUUGCACCAAGUCGCUCGUUUCGAACGCAACAACGUGUCCGUAAACGUGUUUACGGCGGCAGAACAGGGACACGGAUACGUGCCGUUGCACUUCACGUCAAACAAGAAGAACAACUCGCAAUUGAGCAAAAAGAAGACAGCGAAGUACAUAUGCGACCGAUGUCUACACUACUUCCACACAAGCAAAAAGCUACCAGAACACAUCGUGGACUGUGAACGAUUGAAUGACAGCGCAGUUAUUCUUUCCGCUAAGGGAAAAAACCGUUUGAGAUUUAAGAAUUAUAACAAGGAACGUGUUCCAAUGGUGGUACACGCCGACUUGGAGUGCGUAUUCGAAAAACAGAACGAAGAGCAGAACGCAUCAAGCUCGCACAAGUACCAAAGACACAGUGUGUUCAGCAUCGGUUACUACGUGAACUGCGCGCACAUCAACAUCGGAUACAGAUCCUAUAGAGGUGAGAACUGCGUGCAGUGGUUCGUGAAUAAACUGCACAAUCUGGCGAAACGUGCAAAGACAUUGUUUGCAAAAAACGUGCCUAUGGCGAUUUCCACACCGUUGGAAGUCUACGUUGUUCCCAUUGUGUUCUACAACUUGUCGGAGUACGACGCGCAUUUUAUUAUCAAAGAUAUGGCCACCGCUUUCAAGGUACUCGAGACAAAGACAUACAUAACUGCGUGCAAUUUGCGGUUCAUCGAUUCAUACAAAUUUCUGAGCAGAAGCUUAGAGAAGCUCGCGUCUUAUCUCGACAAGAGGGAACUGCAAGUGACUCGAAUGGAAUUCAGAGAUCUCUCCGCCGAGGACUUCGAACUGCUCACGCGAAAAGUUGUGUUUCCAUACGAAUAUGUGGACAGCAUCGACAAACUGUUGGAAACCAGUUUGCCACUGCAUGAAGCGGUUUACAGUUUGCUCACCGGUGAGACCGUGACAGAGAGCGAGUACGCGCACGCGACAAAUGUAUGGCGACAAUUCAACAUCGACAAUCUGGUAUCAUACAGUAAUCUAUAUCUGAAGACUAACGUACUUUUGCUGUCCGAUGUACUUGAAAAUUUUUGUCGCGAGUGCCUCGCGAGUUACGGACUGGAUCCCGCGCACUACUACACGUUGCCCGGAUAUACAUGA